AUGAGUGUUGAAAUCGAGGGAUCUAAACUUGAGAAUUGCCCAUUGAAUAAAGAUAAAUUGGUUGAACUGAUUGAAACCUGUUAUGAGAAGUUGAAGGACAAUUUUGAGAAUGAUAAAUUCAUUCAAGAAAUUUUGAGCUCUUUAAACAGUCAUUCUUCAAUUUAUAAAUAUAUAGUCACUAUCACAGGGUUAGACAUUAAUAAUUUGAAUGACAACAAUAUGAAUUUAAAUAUAGUAAAUUCAUUUGGUGCUUCUUGGUCACCAAAAAAAGAUGGUUUAUAUAAUUAUGUUAUUAAUAAAGAAAACGAAGAUUCAGAGCAACAGAAAAUGUCUCAAUUACUAAUAACGAUAAUAUGGAUAUCUAAAUAA